GAUUUCUAUAUACUUCUCAGAGAUUAGGGCUUCUUCUAUCUAAUAUAAAUCAAGAGCAAUCGGGAUCAUUUCAUGAAGCACUUCAACCUUCAAUCAAGGCACUAUUUGGUGAUGAACUUGUACAACAUGCUGAUCUGGAAGUGAAAAUCUCAACAGCAUACUGCAUGAGUGAGAUUUUGAGAAUAACAGCUCCAGAUGAACCCUGUGAUGAUAAAUCAAUGGAGGAAUUCUUUCGGCUUGCAAUAAUGGCCUUCAGGAAGUUGGCAAACAGUGAGGAUUGCUGUUACUCCAAGGCUGCAUCAAUUCUUCGGAUUUUUGCUGAGUACAAGCUGUGUGUGGUAAUGUUGGAUCUUGAGUUGGACGCACUGAUUCUAGAGAUGUUUCAGCUAUUUCUGGAUUCCAUUUGCCCCAGCAAUGCACCAUACAUGGAGGAAAUCAUGACAAUGGUAAUUGAGGAAAGUGAAGAAAUCUCGGUGGAUCUUCUAAAUAUCCUCCUAACUACUGCAAACCAGAAUCCUCAGAAUCUUUCUUACAUUCUGGGAGAGAGAGUUUUUAGUAAUUGCAAUGUUAAACUGCAAUUAACAUGGCAGGAGGCAAUCGAAAGACAAAAUUUGGAAAACAAGGAGCUUGCACCUACUUCUUCUUGCCCUACAGAUGUUGCCUCAUCUGAUAACCCAAAAGAGCUUUCGUCAAGCAGUGCUUGUCUUCCAUCCUCAGAUUCAGCCAAGAUGCCUGGCCACGAUACAUCUUCUAAUACAUUACUUCAUGGUGGUCAAGUAAACCGGAAUCACAAUCAGACUCCAACUAGGAGAAGAGUGCGAAAGCCAAAUUCAUUGAUGAAGCCAGAGGAAGGGUAUGAUCUCACUUGGAUCAGUACUGUUGAACGAAAAUCUGAUAAAACUCCUUGCCAAGUGAAACCAAGCAAGAAAAGAACUACAGAAAGCCGUGCAGAAGAAGAAAACAAACUGAGUGGUGAAACCUCCAAAAAGAGGAAGAGGAAGUGUUCUCCUUCAGAAAAGGCAGCGAGAACGCUAGCUGAAGAGCUGGUUGGUUGCAGAGUAAAAGUUUGGGAGCCAAAAGACGAGAAGUUCUAUGAAGGUAGUAUCACUUCUUAUGACAAAUCUGAAAAUAAGCACAAGGUCAAUUGUGAUGAUGGAUGUGUAAAAGACAUGAAUCUUUCAGUAGAACGCUGGGAACCCAUCAGAGAUGAUGAUGAACAAAUGCCUUUGGCAGGUGUUGAUGGAAAGUUAUGUCCCCUAAUAAAUAUGUUUCAGUAUCGCUAUUCAAGAAGAAAGUGCGGGUUUAGAAUGAUCUGAUCUGCGCGUAAAUACUGAACUAUUGUUGAGGGAAAGUGUGCAAACCAGGGGGGGAAAGCAAGAUUGCAGCAGAAACAAACGAGGAAGAUGAUACUAUGUUGUUGCCUUGUUGGGUUACGUUGGCAGUGUUUUUCGGUGAUUGGGAGAAGGCAGUGCAAGGUUUUAAUUUGGUUUGUGAGUAAGAUCCUGAGAUUGUUGAAACCUUUGCAGAGGCACUCUCUUGGCUUGGGUAGAUGGGGUAUCCCGCAUAUAAAUAGAGACGGAUUGUCAGAUUCUUCAGCAAAUCAUUGUACUCAACCUAUUAUUGUAACUAUU